GAUUUUUGAUUCUUCUGCUGUAAAAGGAACAUGUCGUGGAGGAAUGCUGUGCAAUGUCUCAUUUACUAACUGGAGAACUGGUGGUUACAUGUUGUUAAGUUUCGUGAUAGUCUAUACUGAGCCACGUGACGAAACUCCAGACUAUACCUAUUGUCUGAAUACGUUAUUGCCUUG